AUGUCUCAUGAAUCAGUCAAUCCUAUUGAUCCUUCUAUGGAAGGAAAGCUUGAUGCAAAGUUUGUUGAAAUGUACAACAAGCAUGUAGCACAUAUCCCAAAUAAACCAAUUGAUUUACCUGUGUUGCGUCAAAACUAUUCCAAGAUCUAUUCCUAUGGAACUGCUGAAGCUCCCGAGAUCAAGAAUGUCGAAGAUGUGACAUUCCCUUCUUUUGAUGGGUAUCAAGUAACCUUGAGAGUUUAUAAACCCGAUGAUUAUACUGGAGAAUUGCCAUGUCAUAUUGAUUUCCAUGGUGGAGGUUGGGGUUUGGGUGAUUUGAAUACCGAAUCCCAUAUAAUGAAACAUUAUGUUAAACUUGCCAAAAUCUGUGUUAUCGAUGUUGAUUAUAGAUUGGUUCCAGAUUUUGCUUAUCCAACAGGUUUGAAGGAUUGUUUUGAAGCCACCAAAUUUGUUUAUAAUAAUCCCCAGAUAUUUGGUAUCAAUAAUAAGAGUAUCUCCAUUGGAGGUGUUUCAGCUGGUGGUAACAUUGCUUUAGCUGUUAGUCAUCUUUGUAGAGAUGCAGAGAUUCCUUUAGUAUUAUGUGUUGCUGGUACCCCACAAGUUGAUGAUAUUGAACCUUAUAAAGUAGCAGGAGAUUCUCCAUAUGCUUCCAACAAAGAGUUUGAAUUCGCACCUACUUUGAACUGGGCUAGAUUGAAAUGGUUUGAUAAGUUGAAGUGGGAUUCUUUGAAAGAUCCUGAAACUGAAUUGAAGGAAAUUGGGUGGUUUAAAAGUAUCAUAACAGCUCCAAAUUUUGAAAACUUACCUAAAACUGUUAUAUUUACUGCCGGUUGUGAUCCAAUGAGAGAUGAAGGUGAAGCUUAUGCUAGUAAAUUGAUAAAAAAUGGUAAUGAAGUGGUUUUCAAAAGAUAUCCUGGUGUCCCCCAUCCUUUCAUGCAUAUGGAUCUGUACUUAUGGCAAGCUUCAGAUUUUAUUAAACGUACAGCUUUCGAAAUAUCAAUAGCCCAUGGAACUAGAGAAUAA